AUGGCGGCUGCCGAAAUCGACCGUUCUAUGCCCUUGACGUCUUCUGUUCUCCGCAUUCGCGCCAUCCCCACCUCGCUCUUUUUCCUUGUUCCUCUCAUUGCAAUUGCUCUCGUCCUCUUUUCUCUUUCGCAGUCUUGGAAACCCGGAAAACCCGACUUGACCGCCAUGGGCGGCCGCCACCCAGCUAUAGCCAGCGUAUAUGCGUCCCGAUACUCGCGCAGACGGUUACGAGUCUGCAUCGCAUGGGUCUCGUUCACCAUCCUGGUGUUGACCGCGAUCCUCAUCGGUGCUCUCGGUGCGACUUCAAGUCAGACAUACGACCCUCGCACGUCUUUGGCGGGCGAAGUCCUCAUCUGUCUGUCGCAAUUUGAGUUGGGUGCAGUUUUCCUGUAUCUUACCGUUGUCUCGUCUUCAAAGGAGGCGAUCUCGCCGUUCAAGCUAUAUACAUGCGCCUUCAUCCUGACACUGAUGAUGCUGGGCGCAAAUCUGGUGUCUAUCUUGUCACUUUUCCUCGCCAUGCCUCCGCUUCUUCCUGUCACCCUUGUUUUCGUUUUCCUCGCUCUCGCUCUGCCAUUCCCCGCCUAUCAACUCGCCUGGACGAUUAUGGUUCACCGCGGACGUGCUUCUCAGGGACAUGGAAUCACCUUCUCUCCGGCUUGCUCGACCACCAGCACCUUGACAGCGUGCUCCGCCUCCUACAAGGACGCGGACUCCACGCCCGGUCUUGGCUACCCGGCGUCGGCUGGUUCUUGUGGGGCACCAGCGCAAAGCGACGCCACUUACACUCGCUUGCGCAACCUGUGGGUGUACCUGUUCUGCGCUGUUCUCGCUGCCUCCUUCGCCGCCGCUUCCGACAUUGGAGCCGUAUCCAUCAUCUCUGCCGACGACACUGCGAGCAGGACUCCGUUCCGUAUCAUCGAGGCUACUGGGAUGGUGCUCUGCUUCAUCUGUCUGACCACGGCUCUUAUGGUGCAUACACUCGUUAUCCAAGACCAGUUUAACGAGGAAGCGGCUGCUGCCGCUCACUCAAUCAACGACGACCUAUACACACGUCGUCCUGUCUCUCGUUCAUCAUCCUUCACGUCGCCCCGUCCGAGGCGCAACCCGAUCAAGCGCUUCAUGACCACCGCGUCCACGUACUGCUCGGCCGCCAACACGCCAAUUGACGCCUCCCCGUGCUUUCCUUGCCCUGUCCACGUUGAGACGUCCAAGGAAAUCUGCCGCGCUGUCACCCCAACCCCCUCGGAGGACUGCACCGCACUUCGCGAUCCCUUUGCACCCGUCCUGAACGCGUCGCCCGCGAUUCAGCCGGACUACGAAUCGUACCCGCUCACGGACGCGACUCGGCUCAGUGCAUGGGGCUCUCUGCCCAUGAUCGCGCCCCCGCCGGCCGCGGCUGUGACGAUUGUGCAGCCGAGGAAAAUGCCGCCGACGCUGAGGGCGAAGAAGAGCCUCACGGGCGCCGGCGAAGGCGAGCAGGCAGAGCAGAGCGCCUUCGAUCUGGAGGAGGCCCUGUUGGCGCAGCGGUUGCUGCGGACCUUGCAGGUGGACGAGAAGCUGGCGGCGAGUGGGCCGAGUAGCUGGCUGGAUAGUCUGGGAAGGGUGGGCAGUUUGGGCCGUCGUCCCAAGUCGCCUGAUUUUUGA